CAGCACUCCAAUUCCCCCCGUCGUCGUCGCUGGCAACGUUCUUGAGUAGCGGACCACACCUGACACGAUGCUUCCUCACUACCUCUGCUCGCACAUCCAAAAUGCCUUCCGGGCACGACACCAGAAGGUCCUCGUCGAACACAGCACUCAAAACCUCGGAAUCCUCUCAAUUCUCCUCCGAGCAGGCUUCAUCUCGUCAUUGACGCGGGGAACAAUCAACAGACCAUCCCCAGAUGACUUUAACAAGGCGGGAGAGGCCGAAAAGAGGAUAUGGGCAGACCUCAAGUACCGCAAUGACAUGCCUGUUCUCAGCCACAUGGAACUCGUCAGCAAACCAAGCAAGCGAAUCUUCAUGGACGUCGCGGAAAUCCGGAGGAUAUGCACGGGGAGACGGGCGCAGACUAUCAAACCUUUGGGAAUGGGAGAGGUCGCGGUUGUGAGGACGAAUCACCCUGAACACGAAUGGUUGGAGGCGAGGGAGGCGCUGGCGUUGAAGCUGCCGGGAGAGGUUAUUUGCAGGGCUCGGUGAACUCUACAGCGUUUGCAAAACUAUUAUCACCUUUUUAUUUAGACCACCCCAUAAUACCUCCGCUCUGGGAUUAUACACCAACAAAAUCCUAUAAUGCUCUAUCGCGCCUGGUACAAAA